AUGUUUGUAUUUUACCGCGCGAUAUCUUGUUCAUACGAAAUUUCCUUUGUUUCGCAGAGAUUAUGGAAAAGUGACAAUACGGUGGAAGUGAUUGGACCAGUGCGAGCGGUUCAUCAAUAUGUCAACAUGCCGGAACAGUCCGCGGAAUUCUACAAUGAGACAACGCGUAUAUUUGAGGAGGUGCACGGCUGCGUACCUGCGAUGGGUUAUAGCUUCGCAGCUGGUACAACCGACGGACCUGGCUCAUUCGCCUUCGAGCAAGGAACAACGACUUCGAAUCCCUUUUGGAACGCCGUACGAAACUUUUUGGCCGCCCCCACGGAAAACGAUAUUCGUUGCCAGAGCCCGAAACCUAUUUUACUGGCCACCGGACGAAUGAAACUCCCCUAUCAAUGGCAGCCGAAAAUUGUCUCGACACAGGUCGCCGUAAUCGGGAACGUUGUCAUCGCCGGUGUGCCCGGUGAAUUCACGACAAUGUCCGGAAGAAGAUUGCGAGAGGCUAUCAAGAAAGUCAUGAACGAUGUAUCCGUCGACGAAACGUCCGUAAUAGUCGCAGGGCUCUGCAAUACUUACAGCGAUUACGUAACGACGCCCGAGGAGUAUCAAAUACAGAGAUACGAAGGCGCAUCGACGAUUUAUGGCCCGCAUACACUCACGAUAUACUUGAAGCAAUACCAGGAGCUGGUACAAGCGGCUGUUCAAAAUAAACCCGUUCCACCAGGACCACUUGCUCCGGAGUUGCUUCACAGUAACUUGAUCAGUCUUGUACCUCCCGUGCUGUAUGAUACGCCGCGAUGGGGACGUAACUUCGGGGAUGUUAUCCAACAGCCGCCAAAAGUCGCGUCGCCUGGUGACACGGUUACGGCGAUCUUUGUCGCCGGUCAUCCUCGUAACAAUUUAAUGACUGACGGUACAUUUUUGACCGUGGAGCGAUUAGAGGAUGACGAAGUUUGGGUACCAGUAGCCACGGAUGCUGAUUGGGAGACCAAAUUUCAAUGGAGGCGAACUUCUAUGAUACUGGGGUCGAGUCAGGUAACCAUUACGUGGAAAAUCCCGCAGGGCGUUAAACCGGGCGAAUAUCGCAUCAGACAUAAUGGUUAUUAUCGCUAUGUCCUUGGUGGCGUGUAUCCUUACUACGGUGUCACCAAUCAUUUUCAGAUGAAAGUUCCUGCACUGAGUAUUCGUCAACGUUAUUAUGGGUAACCACUUGAUGCCUCUCUUGUCUUUCCUCGCGUGCUUUCUUAGUCGACAAGGAAAUUAUUACGCUUACUUUACAGUUAAAUUGAUUUUGUCGUAAAAUUGAUGUGCGUGUAAAUAGAUAUUCUAUUUGAUUAAACAAUGGCAAAUGAAUGAAUGGUGUAUGAAUGAAAUGACUAAUUGAAAGAUCACGUAUGUUUAUGUCAAGCUUGUAUAUAAAAUAAAUCGUAUAUUUUCCUUCUUUCCAAAUAGA